UCUAUGCCCAGGGCUGGGCAUCUGCUUACCAUGGACACUGUCGGGUACAGCAAAUGGGACAGCAGGCUCGAGGAAGCCCCUGGAGGGUACUGGGGAAGCUGGGGACGGAGACUCCUCUUCCUGGGCCUGCUUCUGGUGGUAGCCACAGUUCUGUGGGUCCUCAUUCUGAGCGUCCUAGUUUCUAAAGCCUCCACCGAGCGAGGGACGCUGCUUGGCCACCAGGACCUGCUGAGGACAAACGCCUCGGAGCAGACCGCGGCGUUGGGCAAUUUGAACCUGGAGAUCCGGGCCUGCAACAGCUGCUGCUUGGGGACACAGGCGCUGCUGCAGAGGACACGCACCGAGCUUGAGGAGGCGCAGGCGAAGCUGAUCCAGCAAGAGAGUGCCCUGAAAGAACUGAGCGAUCGCGUGACCCAGAGCUUGGCUGAAGCGGGCAGGGACCGCGAGGACAUCCGCAGUGAGCUCUUCAGGGCUCUGGAGGCCGCCCGGCUGGGGAACAGCUCCUGUGAAGAGUGCCCCGCGUCAUGGCUGCCCUUCCAGGGCUCCUGCUACUUUUUCUCCGUCCAGCGGGCCACAUGGGAGGAGUCGCAGCGUAACUGCGCGGGCGCGGGCGCGCACUUGGUGAUUGUCGGGGACCUGGAGGAGCAGGGCUUCCUGAGUCGGAACACGCGAGGCCGCGGUUACUGGCUGGGCCUGCGGGCUGUGCGCCGCGGACGCACGAUCCAGGGCUACCAGUGGGUGGACGGAGUCCCGCUCAGCUUCAGCCACUGGAACACGGGGGAGCCCAAUGACUCUAUGGGGCGUGAGGACUGCGCUAUGAUGCUGCGCACGGGGAUGUGGAACGACGCGCCGUGCGAGAACGAGAGGGACAACUGGAUCUGUGAGAAGAGACGCAGUUGCUGACCAGUGUCUGCAGCCGUACCCACCCCCCACCCCAUCCCAGGGAGAUCGCCCUAGCUGGUCACCGUCCUGGUGCCGGCCACUGCCAUUGAUUCCUCCCCACCUCGCGCCCCCCCACCCCCGCGCCUGCCCUCCCCCCACCAGGUCCACCAUCCACUACUGAGAACCGCCCCACCCAACCCAGGCAGGUAAAGGCACUGGGACCUCCACUCCAACCUCACUGCAAGCCCACACACAGACAUAACCCAGCCUCCAACCCCACUCAAAUCCCGGCUCCUGAGCCAGUCCACGGACCCCAUGCCCCACACCCCCCAUUAAAGUAGGGCAACUCAGGGAUGGAGCUGUUUGGUUUUCUUGCAUUACCCACCCCCAACUGGGAGGCAUCACAGAUAGGAGUUUUGUGAGCUGUCUUCGAAGUCCUAGGGAGCAUCAAUAAAUCCUUGAGAAAUGAA